AUGGAAUGGAGUUUAAAUUUAAAUUGUGUGUACACGAUGGACCACCACCAAACCCAAAUGCCGGUGUUCCUGCCGAUGAUGCACCAACGCCACCACCUUAACCACCACCGCCAGGACCACCAGGACGCCCCCGUGCUCGACCUCUGCGUACGCAAGCGCCCCCUCACGCCCGACUUCCACCCCUACGACAGCAGCAAGCGCUCCGACCGCUCCAGCCCCAAGUCCGACGUCUCCGACGUCUCCUCCACGGAGGCCAACGCCCAGGUGUCCUCCAGCCGGCAGCGCGGCAGCCGCCCCUUCAAGGCCUACCCCAAGGACCCGCUGUCGCUGGCGCUGCUCGGCACGACGCGCGACCUCCUCGGCAAGGACUCGGUGGAGGCGUACGCGGAGUUCAGGGAGAAGAUGAUGGCGCGCGUGCAGGCCGGCGGCGGCGCCACCAACAAGAACAUGCGGCGCUCGCAGAACGCCAACGCCCUCAACUCGGACCCGGGUUAUUGGGAGAAGAGGAAGAAGAACAACGAGGCGGCGAAGAGGUCGCGCGACGCCAGGAGGGCCAAGGAGGACGAGAUCGCCAUCCGGUGCGCCUUCCUCGAGCAGGAGAACAUACAGCUCAAGUUCCGGCUCGCCGCCAUGGAGAACGAAAGGGAGCGGCUGCAGAGUAUCGUGUAUCGCUAG